AUGGUGCAAAAUAAGUGCAAUGGGGUAAUGCCCAACUGGAGACAACCAUCUGACUACAGCCUGAAUGGACAUGUUGGAGCUGUGCUUAAAAGAAGCAAAAAGGCUGUGGUGACAGGAGGUGGAGGCUACUUUGGAUAUAGUCUUGGGUGUGCUCUUGCCAAAUCAGGGGUCACCGUCACUCUGUUUGAUGUACAGAAACCUAAAUGGAAAAUUCCUAAUGGAGUCGUGUUUUUCCAGGGUGAUGUGAGGGAUUAUGAUGCAGUGUUCAAGGCUUGUGAAGGGGUUGACUGUGUUUUUCAUUCAGCUUCAUUUGGAAUGUCAGGACUGGAGCAACUACAACAUAAAGAAAAGAUUGAAUCCACAAAUGUUGGUGGCACAAAAGUAAUCAUGGAUGUUUGCAAGCAAAGAAGUAUUCCAAGGCUGGUAUAUACCAGUACAGUGAAUGUGGUGUUUGGGGGUAGUCCCAUUGAAGAAGGAGAUGAGGAAACAGUACCAUAUUUUCCACUAGAAAAGCAUGUUGAUCAUUAUUCUAGAACCAAAGCAAUAGCAGACCAAAUGAUACUUGCUGCUAAUGGAAUCCCAUUAAAAGGAGGGGAUAAGCUCCAUACAUGUGUUAUUCGCCCACCAGGCAUCUAUGGACCGGAAGAGGAAAGACACCUGCCACGAACAGCAAAGAAUAUUGAAAGGAAGCUAUUUAACUUCAAGUUUGGAAAUCCCAAUGCUCAGAUGAACUGGAUUCAUGUUGAAAAUCUUGUACAAGCUCAUCUGUUAGCUGCUGAAGCUCUCACGCCUGAGAAGGGAUAUAGAGCUAGUGGUCAGGCAUAUUAUGUACAUGAUGGCGAGAAUGUCGUGUUUUUUGAAUGGAUAGCUCCAUUAUUUGAAAAAUUAGGUCACAAUAAACCAUGGAUUCAUGUUCCUGUUUUCCUUGUUUAUAUAGCAGCUGUAGUGAUGGAGUAUCUGCACCUGGCACUGAAACCCAUAUUUCAUUUUACACCUGUCUUUACCAGAAAUGAGGUGUGGAAUAUUGCUGUCACUCACACUUACCGAAUAGACAAGGCACGUAGUCAAUUAGGUUACUACCCAAAGAAAUUCAAAUUUGCUGAUUGUGUGGAUCAAUAUCUUAAGACAAGACCCAAGCGUCGGGAUAACUACAUGUUAUUUAAAGUCCUGCUUGCCUUUUGCAUCUUGUGUUUGAGCUUACUUUGUUUCUUUUUUUAA